AUGGCAGAGCGUAUAAUACCAAUUCAAAUAGAAGGAGAAAAUGAGCAAAAAGAAAAUGAUGGUAUUAAUGGGGAUGAUCAAACGGCAUCAAAAACACUGGAGUCAUCGAGUAUCAAACCUGAUAAACCAAAUAUUCAGAUAAGACGUACCUUAAAGAAGAGUCAGCAAGAAGAGAAGUUGCAGGAGUUUGACUUGUUUGAAAAAUGUUGUAAAAUCAAUCUUCCAAAUGCAAAUGUUCAAGAAAAAAUCAUACUUGUCAUAGAUAGAGCUCAGGAUGAAAAUCCGACACCUUUCAAAGCAAAAAAUCAAACCUUAUCCCCUCUAAGCAUGUUAAGAAGAGCACUACACAUAUUUUUGGAGUUGAAGCAUGAUAUCAAUAGUAAUCAUGAGUUUGCUUUAAUGACCUUAAAUGAAAAUGGCACCUCGUGGGUUACAGACUUUAGUAGUGAUAUAAAGAAGCUACACAAUGCAAUAGAUCAGAUUUCAGGGUGUGAAGUGGAGGACACUUUUAGUCUUGAUGGGCUUUUUGAGCAGAUAUUUGAGAAAGCAACAGUUUGUGCACCAAAAGAAGAUGAAAAGCCUAAUUUUGUUGUUCGCACAAUUGUUUGCUGGGGUCGUUCUUACACUUUGCCUCAUAUAGAAGAAGCAGAAUCUUUUAGUAAACUACUUAAAAACCCUUACUUUAUUUGUGAUAUUCUCAUUACACAUGAACCAGUGGAUCCAGGAAAUCAUUCUGAAAAAAUAAUCAACAUACUCAUCAACUUGAUCCAGGACAUUGGUCAUAAGUCAUCAUAUUUUUUUCCUGUUGGGCGUGAUACAGCAAGGCUUCACCUGUGCAUGGCAAGGCUGUUAGGACAUCCUUCUCAGAGACCUGCACAAAAACUAGUAAGCAAACCAGAACUGUAA